AUGGCGACGGUUAGGCGAAUCAUACCUCACACUAAACGGGGAAAGGUGACCCGACAUAAUUACGUGAAUAUGUACGUGGAGGCGGGGACGCUGGAGACAGGGAGCGACGACGAGUUCAUGCCAACCGUGCUCUACGGUGAGCUGCAGUCACCAGGAAACGCGGCAACGCCAGGGGGGUCGACCCUACCGAACGAUGGGGCCGAUGCGGAGGAGGAUGACGAGCCAAUCCCUGCUCAUAUAUUGAACAACGACUGGAGCUGGCUGGAGUUCGGCGACGACGGCAGCGAAGACGGGGCUUCGGCGGAUGUGGAAGAGGUGCCGCAGAAGGUCCCGGCAAACCAUACACUGGCUCGCCGCGAAGAGGCAGCUCCUGCUCGGGGGUCGGGCGUGGCCGGAUCUGCCGGCGGUGAAGCCCCUGAGGGCGCGCGGGUGGAUAGCGGGUCGAACAACGAUGCAAGCCGUGUUGCGACACUGGAGGCGGAGCUGCGGGCAUUGAUGGGGAAAGUAGCCCAGCUCAGCGGGCAAGUCGUUAAGAGGCAAGAGGAGCCGGAGGGUCAAACGGGGCAAAAUGUGGAAAAACCCGCUGUGGCCGUUGUCGAGAGUCAGCCGCCCGUUCCGGCCGUCACCAAGCCAGCCGCAACACCCUCCCGGAAACCCCAGGUGGCCGCUACCGUCAGGGCAGACCGUGAAAGCCCUGACAACCCCGCGUCCAAGGGCACUUCAGGUGUGCGGAAGGAUAGGCAGCGGCUUUCCGACAUGAAGGAUGCACCCCACUUACCGCCGAAUCCGCUGAUGCAGGAUGACUUGGGGAGCGGUGGGAGCCAUGGAAUGGGGAGGACCGAUGAACCUAUCCUCGACAGGCAGGGCAAUACCCAUGGCAGAAACAUGUCCUCUCAGCAUUACGAGGAGGGGCCUUGGCGUUUUGGCGGGAAGCGGGGCAGGGGCGACGAAAGCGUUAUCAUUGUGGUUGACUACGACCCGGAAGAGCGGGUCCCCGGUCUACCGCGCUCAAUGCCUAAACCCAAGCCAUUCAGGGUGAGUCACCGUCUUCUGCGCAUAAACCCCAAUAGUGCACAUUUAUGUGAGUUAGGAGAGUAA